AGGGCAGUGCCAGUAAUGUCCUCAGCCUUGCAGUAGUUAUCAGGAUCUUUAGUAUAGUCGGCAUGUACCAUCAAUUUACAUGUGACUGCUGUCACCCUACUGUACAACCCCCCUCCUCCCUCCAACAAAUGAUUCAACCUUCCAUAACUCUCCCUCUCUUUAAUGAUCAGUUUCCAAAUCUAAGUCUCUUCACUUUGGCCAAGCUCAUCAAGAAUCACAUCAAUGGCAUCCACAUAUAUCAGAGUGCUUCUUAUCAUCUCAAUGCUACUACUCACUCUCAGCAGCGCUCAGGCUGAUCACACCAGUUUCCAGCUCAUGACUGAGGAAACUGAAUGGCCCUGGACGAUGUCUGUGUACGAUGAGUUGGGUGCCAGUGAAGAGGAAGAAGGUGGCAUAGCUAGGAGGUCUCUAUAUUGGAAACGAAUGCACUAUUACAUAUCUUAUGGGGCACUUUCUGCUAACAGGAUUCCAUGCCCCCCUCGUUCUGGGAGGUCUUACUACACUCACAAUUGCUUUAAAGCCAGAGAGCCUGCUAACCCCUACACCAGAGGCUGCUCUAGAAUCACCCGUUGCAGGAGAUAAGGAGUGUCUUAGGAGUUGCUGCUUUUAUGUUUAUGGAGAACAUUGUUUUGAUUUUGUGUGACUCUUUGUUUCACUCAUUUUUAUAUUAAUAGGAAGUUGUUACUUCUUGUUCUGCUGAACUUGCUUUGAGAUCUCUUAGAUCUGAUAUAUGACUUGUGCCAACUACCAAAUCAAGUGAAUUUCUCUGGCUUUA